AUGCGAAAAUCAAACAAAAACGCGUUCGAAAUUUACCUUAAAGAAAAUCGCGGCGCGACAAUUGCGGCAAAAGAACGAAAGUGUUCGCGUGGUGGUAGAGGGACGCCUGGAACACUUGCAGAGAGACAGAGAGAGGGACGAGACAGCGGCAGUAGUCUCGCGUGGUGGUGGACGGACGCCAGACGAGACGGCGCAAGAGCUCGCGUGGUGGUCUCGCGUGGUGGUGGCUGGAGGCGCGACGACACAGCGGCAGUGGCUGGUGGAGGCUCGCGUGGUGGUGGCUGGAGGCGCGACGAGACAGCGGCGGUGGCUGGUGGAGGCUCGCGUGGAGGCUCGCGUGGUGGUGGCUGGAGGCGCGACGAGACUGCGGUGGCUGGUGGAGGGUCGCGUGGAGGCUCGCGUGGUGGUGGCAGGAGGCUCGCGUGGUGGCAGGAGGCUCGUGGUCGCCGGAAUUUGCAGAGGAGAAAUGCAGCUGCGCGCGCGAGGAAGAAGAGGGGUUCUGUUUUGAGCCCUAAUCAAAGGAUAUGGCCUCGGUUCCACGUAGAACCGAGGCAUAUAACCACUCUUUGGCCUCGGUUUCCAAACAACCGAGGCCUAUCACCCAUCUUUGGCACCGGCUUCUCCUAA